CAACAUCCAGGGGUGCGGUAGGACUGACUUGGCAGGCCUAAAGGUGAACAAAAGGAUCCUGGCUUUCGGGAGAGCAGAAGGAAAUUCAGGGGAGCCUCAGCCGCAUCCAGACCAGCACAGAUCUGUCACUGAUGCUAAUUAGAGUGUUGCUCCGCAGGGGACUGCUCUUUCCGGAAGCUCCCCAGAGGGUGCUCUCAGGUUUAUGGAUCAGCAUGUUACAAAGCCUUGAAAAAGGGGCAGGAGGCGAGCUGAGUAACUCCAAGGCCGAAUGGUUUUCACGCAUGUCUGGAAGAGGAGACACAGGAAAGAGAGAGAAAAUUUCCCUGGGCUACUACUGAGUCAGAAAAGCUCAGCUCCCAAACGGACUGUCCGCUGAGGCCUCGCACAACUGGGAACUGAUUCACAAUGCAGCAAAGCUACCUGUGCACCAGGGUUGAGCCUGGUCACUGCUCUGGCAGCCCCAGGAGCUGCUGGAUUCACCCACAAGGCAUGGGACCUGCGGAGCUGCUGCUGCCUUGAGAGCCCCAGACACACACUCGGAAAGGUCUGUGGAUGGCUCCUAGAAGAUCUUGAUUUACUCCUGAGGACAUCCCGUUUUCCUGGGCCAAUUUCCUGUCAGACCAUCUCCCCCGUUGACCAUGAGCCAGCCAGACCCCGCCUGUCACCCUGAUCCCAGCCCUGCUCCCCCGUGUGUGGUAUGUGGCCAAGCCCACUCCCCCGAGGAGAACCACUUCUACACCUACACCGAAGAUGUGGAUGAUGACCUCAUAUGCCACAUCUGCCUGCAAGCUUUGCUGGAGCCUCUGGACACUCCCUGUGGACAUACGUACUGUACCCUGUGCCUCACCAGCUUCCUGGUGGAGAAGGACUUCUGCCCUGUGGACCGCAAGCUGGUGAUGCUGCAGCAUUGCAAGAGGUCCAGCAUUCUGGUCAACAAGCUCCUCGACAAGCUGCUGGUGACCUGCCCGUUCUCGGACUACUGCACCGAGGUCCUGCAGCGCUGUGAUCUGGAGCAGCACUUUCAGACAAGCUGUAAGGGUGCUUCCCACUAUGGCCUCACCAAAGACAAGAAGAGGCGCUCUCAAGAUGGCUGCCCAGACGGCUGCGUGAGCCUCACAGCAACAGCACUCUCCCCAGAGGUCUCUGCAGCUGCCACUGUCUCCUUGGUGACAAAUGAGCCUGGCCUAGACAACCCUGCCUACGUGUCCACAGCGGAGGAUGGUCAGCCAGCAGACAGCCCUUUGGACUCUGGCCGGAGCAACCGAACUAGGGCACGGCCCUUUGAGCGAUCCACUAUCAGAAGCAGAUCUUUUAAAAAAAUAAACCGAGCUUUGAGUGUUCUUCGAAGGACAAAGAGUGGGAGUACAGUUGCCAACCAAGCUGACCAGGGCAGAGAAAAUUCUGAAGACACCACUGCCCCUGAAGUCUUUCCAAGGUUGUAUCACCUGAUUCCAGAUGGUGAAAUUACAAGCGUCAAGAUCAAUCGAGUGGAUCCCAACGAAAGCCUCUCCAUAAGGCUUGUGGGAGGCAGCGAAACCCCGCUGGUCCAUAUCAUUAUCCAGCACAUUUACCGGGACGGGGUGAUUGCCAGGGAUGGCCGGCUCCUGCCAGGAGACAUCAUCCUGAAGGUCAACGGGAUGGACAUCAGCAACGUGCCUCACAACUAUGCCCUGCGCCUCCUGCGGCAGCCAUGCCAGGUGCUGCGGCUCACUGUGCUGCGUGAGCAGAAGUUCCAAAGCAGGAACAGCGGACAGGCGCCCGACGCCUAUGGGCCCCGAGACGAUCAUUUUCAUGUGAUUCUCAACAAAAGCAGCCCUGAGGAGCAGCUUGGAAUAAAACUGGUGCGCAGGGUGGAUGAGCCUGGGGUAUUCAUCUUCAAUGUGUUGAAUGGUGGUGUGGCAGGCCGACAUGGUCAGCUGGAGGAGAACGAUCGCGUGUUAGCCAUCAAUGGGCACGACCUUCGGUAUGGCAGCCCAGAAAGCGCAGCUCAUCUGAUUCAGGCCAGUGAAAGGCGUGUUCACCUCGUCGUGUCCCGCCAGGUUCGGCUGCAGAGUCCUGACAUCUUUCAGGACGCUGGCUGGAAUAACAACAGCAGCCGGUUCCCGGGGCCAGGGGACAGGAGCAGCACUCCCAAGCCCCUCCAUCCUGUGGUCACUUGCCAUGAGAAGGUGGUAAGUGUCCGAAAAGACCCCAGCGAAUCUCUUGGCAUGACCGUUGCAGGCGGAGCAUCACAUAGGGAAUGGGUUUUGCCUAUCUACGUCAUCAGUGUUGAGCCCGGAGGAGUCAUAAGCAGAGAUGGAAGAAUAAAAACAGGUGACAUUUUGUUAAAUGUGAAUGGGAUUGAACUAACAGAAGUCAGCCGGAGCGAGGCAGUUGCAUUAUUGAAAAGUACAUCCUCCUUGGUGGUUCUUAAAGCUUUGGAAGUCAAAGAACGUGAGCCCCAGGAAGCUCCAGACAGCCCAGCAGCCCUGGACUCCAACCACAACAUGGCCCCAGCCGGAGACUGGUCCCCCUCCUGGAUCAUGUGGCUGGAAUUACCAUGGUACCUGUAUAACCGUAAAGAUGUUGUAUUACGAAGAAACACAGCUGGAAGUCUGGGCUUCUGCAUCGUAGGAGGUUAUGAAGAAUAUAAUGGGAACAAACCUUUUUUUAUUAAGUCCAUUGUUGAAGGAACACCAGCGUAUAAUGAUGGAAGAAUUAGAUGUGGUGAUAUUCUUCUGGCUGUCAAUGGUAGAAGUACAUCAGGAAUGAUACAUGCUUGCUUGGCAAAGAUGCUGAAAGAACUUAAAGGAAAGAUUACUCUUACUAUUGUUUCUUGGCCUGGCACUUUUUUAUAGAAUCAAUGAUGGGUCAUAGGAAAACAGAAAACUACAGAUAAGCUAUGCUGAAACAAUGUAUUUAUCUUGUCAAUUUUUUUUAUUUAAAGGAUACACUGUAAAAAUGUAAACUGUCAGGAAAAGUAUGAUCUAAUGAAAGCCAGUUACACCUCAGAAAAUGUAAUUCUCAAAACAUAAAUCCUAUUAAUAGUUCUUAUUCAGGGCGGAGGAUUUCUCCUUACUCCACAACUUUAAGUUUAUAUUUUUCUAUUCACUAAAAAGCUCUUAAACGGCUGAGAUCAUUUGUAUGCCCCCACUGACUUCAAAUCCUUCAAUUAAAAAUUUGGUAUAUGCUGAGGUCUGUAAAGGGUGUAUUAUGGGCAUUUAAAAAAACAAUUUACAGCCAGAGAAAGUGCACUGCUGAAAAAUGUUCAUUAAAUGAGAAAUAUUUUUCAAAUUAUAGUUGUCUUUUAGUAUGUGAUAUUAAAUUCAUUUCUAUUAUCACUA